AGUGAGCAGCAGCAGAGGGUUCCUCGCACUGUCGUCACCACCUGCCUUUGAUGUGCUCUCCUCGGCUCAAAGGGACAACCUUGCAACGGGGAACGGGGCGCUCACUGCGAACGAGACAACAGUGAUGUGCCAGCCUAUCACCGCUUUCGCCUUCAGCAUCACAGCAACAACGGAAUCAGGCAUUGGAUGAGACCGCCUCUCGGUGUGCCUGGCAGACGCCAAGAUUCUCUCGGACCGGUUCGGAAUACCUGUCCAUCGCAUUAUCGCGGCAACGGCGGUGACGACGGAAACAAAGACGACCUCCGUCGAUUGAUUCCGUUCGCACGCAAUGACCGAGAGGACUAGUUCCCCGAGACAGGUCUCGUUCGACGACGCCCCUUCCUCGGCGAGCGACGAGGACCGCACUCCGGUCGAGGUUCUCUUUGACGAAUCCAACCGUUACCGCCGCAAGAGCUCUCUCGUUGCGACCGAUUCGGUCCCGCCGCAGCUGCGCAGCACACCGCCGCCCGCCCGCCGGAGGACGGAAUGUCUCGUCCACCAGUUCCUGGCCAACCAGAGGCGGCCACCAAAGCACCACCACCACCGCCACAAACUCCCGCAUCGCCGCCACCCCGACCAAAGUCCGGACCGCGACGCCGCCAGUGUCGGCCGUGUCCAUCACCCCCACGCCGGCACCGCAACCUGCGAGGCCUACGAUAACUCGUCCGAAGCCGGACUCGACCGCUCGCUCGACCCCAAGAGCACCAGCCAUGGCGCGAUCCCACGCUCCCAGCCCGUCCAGCAAGAUGGCAACCAUGACGAAGAGCAAGGGGGUGAGGAAGAGUUUGCCGCAAGCCACCCGUACGCCUCCAUCGUCGCCGACUCCCGCACCGCCACCCCCACCGGCAGCAGCGGCGAUGACGACGACGGCGACCACGAUAACGACGGAAGCGCCAGCGCCAGCACGACCACCCACGGCCAGCUCGACGAGAAGCACUGGCGGCGCGAGAUGGUCGGCAAGCCGGCGCUCUCGCGCACGCCCUCGCAGCUCGACCGCCGGUCCGCCUCGGCCGACGCGCCCACCAGCCGGCUGCUGACCAAGAAGCAGCUGAGCGAGAUGGCCUGGGGCGUGCGCGAGCUGAGCCGCCGCCUGGGCAGCAUGCGCCUGCGCUUCCGCGUCAAGACCAUCUUCCUGCUGACCAAGAUCCACGACGCGGAGCUGAUCGCCAAGACGCGCGAGCUGUGCCGCUGGCUGCUGGACAGGGAGCGCGAGGUCCGGUACACCGUCUACGUCGACCGCGAGCUGCGCGAGAACCGCAAGUUCGACGCGGCCGGCCUGGUCGAGGAGGUCAGGCGGGAUUUCGUCCAGUCCGGCGAGGUCACCGAGGAGGCGAGCUGGGACGUGGAGAAGAGACUGUGCUUCUGGGAGGAGGGCAUGUGCCGGGCCCGGCCGCACACGUUCGACUUUGUCAUCACGCUGGGCGGGGACGGGACCGUGCUGUACGCCAGUUGGCUCUUUCAGCGGAUCGUGCCGCCCGUGCUGAGCUUUGCGCUCGGCAGCCUGGGGUUCCUGACCAAGUUCGAUUUCGAGGAGUACAAGCGGACCCUGACGACGGCGUUUGACGAGGGCGUCACGGUGAGUUUGAGGCUGCGGUUCGAGGCGACGGUCAUGCGCAGCCAGAAGACCGGUUCGCGGUUGAAGCAGGACGGCGAGCACGCCGAGACCGAAGUGGACGGGGACGGCCAGGAUCCGCCGCGGGAUCUCGUCGAGGAGCUGAUAGGGGAGGAGAAGGAUGACGAGCACACCCACCGCCCGGACGGGACGUACGAGGUGCUGAACGAAGUCGUUGUGGACAGGGGACCCAACCCAACCAUGUCCAACAUCGAGAUCUUCGGCGACGACGAGCACUUCACGUCGGUCUCGGCCGACGGCAUCUGCGUCAGCACGCCGACCGGCUCGACCGCGUACAACCUCGCGGCCGGCGGCUCGCUGUGCCACCCGGAGAACCCGGUCAUGCUAAUGACGGCCAUCUGCGCGCACACGCUGUCCUUCCGGCCCGUGGUGCUGCCCGACACCAUCGUGCUGCGCCUCGGCGUGCCCUACGACGCGCGCACCAGCUCGUGGGCCAGCUUCGACGGCCGCGAGCGCGUCGAGCUGCGCCCCGGCGACUACGUCACCGUCAGCGCCAGCCGCUACCCCUUCGCCUGCGUCCAGCCCCACGGCCGCCGCAGCGAGGACUGGAUCAACAGCAUCAGCGCCAAGCUCGGCUGGAACACCCGCCAGCGCCAGAAGGCCUUCAAGGAGUGGGGCAACUAAGGCCCUUUUUUUUUCGGCGCGCUGUACAUGCCGGAAGUCGCCCCGGAGGCCGGCUUGAUGGGACACAUGGCUCGUUUGAGGAGGACUGGUUUUGAAGGACCAAAGGUCAUCUUGUUAGCGGAAGCAUGUAGAAACCGCUUGUAUAUGCACCCUGUAUAGAUAUAUCUGUAUCCAGUAGGCGGGCCGCUACUCGUCGCAAUAGACUUGAUGCGUCAUGCACCGAUCUAGUGCAUAUUUACGGGUAACUGUUCAGACACACUUACUUGCCUUGGCC